AUGAUAAUAAGAGACUACCAUAUCAAUAAAAAUCGCAUCUCUGAUAUAUGGGAUAAUAAUGAACGUCUGCAACAGAUUGGUGAAUAUAUAUUAGCUAAUAUGCUCCCAAAGGCAUCUAGCCCCAGCAAGACUGAUAGCAAGAAAAAAAAGACUAGAGGAACUAAGCCGAAAGAAAAAUCUAGGUCCAAGUCCGUUUGUAUUUCUGAACCACCUGUUACUCAGAUGCCUCCUUUAGGACCGAUUCAACCAUUCUCUGUGAAUUUAGAAAGCUCAGAUAUAAACAAAGAGGAAUUAUGCACGUCAUAUAAGAAGAUAGUUGAAAGAAACGUAAAAAAUAUGAAGAGUAUAUUAGAAAAAUAA